AUGCCCGAUCCAGCCAAGACCGCGCCCAAGAAGGGCUCGAAGAAAGCCGUGACCAAGACGGCCGGCAAAGGAGGCAAGAAACGCAGAAAGUCCAGGAAGGAGAGCUACGCCAUCUACGUGUACAAGGUCCUGAAGCAGGUGCACCCUGACACCGGCAUCUCAUCCAAGGCCAUGGGCAUCAUGAACUCCUUCGUGAAUGAUAUUUUUGAGCGCAUCGCCGGUGAGUCUUCUCGUCUGGCUCACUACAACAAGCGCUCCACCAUCACCUCGAGGGAGAUCCAGACCGCCGUGCGCCUGUUGCUUCCCGGCGAGCUGGCCAAGCACGCCGUGUCCGAAGGCACAAAGGCCGUGACCAAGUACACCAGCUCCAAGUAAAGCGCGUUACCGCCGUCUUCAUCAACCCAACGGCUCUUUUAAGAGCCCCCCACUUUUCAUACAAAGAGUAAUCUCGCUUUCUCUCUCGCUGUGCGUGUGUGUGAGAGAGAGGGGGAGGGGGACUUCUGAAACGCUGCUCUCCCGUGCAUGUUCAGGCUUUGGGGUAAUUAUAGCAGUCUGCUAAAUGAAGAGAUGAGUAAAUCUAAACAGGGUUGUUGCACGGUU